AUGCUCCCAUGGUUUCGCACCAUUCUUCGAGGCGGACGACUUUUUAGCACUGAAGCUACUACACAAACUAUUACAUUAAGACCCUAUCAAGAACAUUGUCUACAAGCUUGUCAGGAUGCGCUAAAUGCAGGCAGCAGUCGUAUUGGAUGUUCAUUGCCUACUGGCUCCGGGAAAACCACAAUCUUUAUCUCUUUGCUUUCUCGAAUAUCCCCUCCAAGCUCGAAUCCCCGAGCAUCAAGGUCUCUCAUCAUCGUGAAUAGUAUCGAGCUCGCCAGGCAGUCUGCCGAACAAGUUGCACGUUUGUUUCCCUCCUGGACUGUUCAAAUCGAGCAAGGCGUCAAGCACCUAGCUUCUGGCACUGCUGACGUCACAGUUGCCACCUAUCAAACGCUGCUACAGCCCGAACGUUUUGCGAAAUUCGACCCGACGCGUCUCAAGGCAGUUAUAAUUGAUGAAUGUCAUCAUGCAGCUGCGCCUAGCUAUCUCAAGCUUCUCUCCCACUUUGAUUCCAAUAUUAGAAAUCCAGAUCCAAAUUUCGAACCUCCAACUCUACAACACAAGAUCCCAAUCAUUGGGUUUUCAGCAACGUUGAGUCGUCACGAUGGAAUUGCGUUAGGCUCUGUGUUUGAACGGAUUGUCUACCAUCGCGAUUUCCUAAGCAUGAUUAAGGACCAAUGGCUCUCGGGAGUACGUUUUACUACAGUACAAGCGAACAUCAAUUUGGAUGGAGUUACCGUCAACUCACGCACUGGGGAUUUUAAUGCAACUAGUCUUGCUCACGUUAUCAACACCGAUACCAUCAACCAGCUGGUCGUUCAAACUUGGCUGGAUCGAGCAGCGGAAAGACGAUCUACGCUCGUGUUUUGUGUCAAUAUCGCCCACGUCCGGGCUUUGACUCAAGUUUUUCGUGGUUUUGGAAUAGAUGCCCGUUACGUUUAUUCAAAGACGCCAAUCGCUGAGCGUAAAGCGCUGAUUGCAUCCUUCAAAGCCGGACAGUUUCCCGUACUAGUAAACUGUGCAAUUCUUACCGAGGGUGCAGACAUUCCGAAUAUUGACUGUGUCGUUGUUGCAAGACCGACGCGUUCAAGAAACGUUUUUGCUCAGAUGAUCGGACGCGGCAUGCGGCUUUCACCUGACACGGGGAAAAAAGACUGUCGUAUCAUUGACUUUGUGGACAGUGCAAAUCGUGUAUCUGGUAUCAUGUCUACCCCUACAUUGUUUGGCUUAGACCCUGCCGAUUUAGUGAUCGAAGACGAGACGCUUGAAUCUCUCGAAGAAAAAUCGUCAGCGCAAAUCGCAUUGCAAGAUGCCGACAACGUCCCCGACCCGGAAUCUGUGACCUAUACUGACUACGAAGACCCCUUCGCAUUUAUUUCCAAGUUCUCUGGACUCUCUCCGCACAUUAAUCAACUGAGCAGCUAUGCUUGGGUUGGUUGUGGAAGCGACAUCUACGUAUUAGAAUGCUUGGGCAAGGGAUUCAUACGUAUAGAAAAAGUUGAAGCAACAGACGUACCUGCUCAUUUUUCUGCUCGCUUCACACCAGCAGCUUUAGAUCGUGCUACAGCUGCAGGUUUAAAAGUUUCGCCCUUCCUACGAAGUAGACGUAUUCUACAAUCCGAGGAUUUGAGCGAGGCUAUCAAAGGGUGCGACACAUAUGCAAAGACGAAGGUUGUGUUCGGUCCAAUGGCUAUUGGUCUAUUGAGGUCCGCUCGUUGGAGGAAGGCACCUGCAACCCCACAACAAAUUGCACUUGUCACUAAGCGAUUGAAGAAAACCUUGGAUGAUGAUCAUGAACUGAAGAAUAUUACCAAAGGGGAAGCUGCAAAUAUUAUCACACGACUGAAGCAUGGUGCAAAGCGUCGACAUGAUCAAAAAGUCAAACAAGCGUCGGUUGCCACAAAAGCUGCAGAGAAGGAGCGAGCGCGUCGCGCCCGAGAGGAAGUACGAAUUGGACCGUUGCCACUUGUCUAA